AUGCAACGCUGCCACACACACGCCUGCCUGCUGGCCGCCGCGCUGGCCGUGGCCCUGUUGCUGCUGGGCCUCGAAACCACCACCGCUCAAGGAGUGUCAACGUCCCCCUCUCCCUCCCCCUCUUAUUCUCCGCUCGCCGCCUCCUCUUCUCCCUCGCCUUCGCCCUCGUUCGGGGCCUCGCCUUCGCCGUCGGCCUCGCCCUCCUUGGGAACCUCGCCUUCGCCCUCCUCAUCGUCGUCAGUGUCGACACCUUCGCCGUCGGCUUCGGCUUCGGCCUCGCCCGCCGAAGAGUCGCCAUCGCCGUCGCCGUCGGCCUCGCAGGUGUCGCCGUCGCCAUCGCCCUCGCAGGUGUCGCCGUCGCCGUCGGCUUCGCCCUCGCCCUCCUCCGUGUCGCCCUCCCCAUCGGCCUCCGCCUCGCCUUCCUCCGUUUCGCCCUCGCCCUCUCCCUCCGCCGUUUCGCCCUCCGCCUCGCCCUCGCCCGGCACCGUCAAGUUCCGCACCGCCUUCUGCAAGAACGGCUGCGCCAACGUCGACGGCGUGGCCUCGUGCGUCGGCGGCGUGACCACCACGGUCGAGACCCACACCUGCUACGUCGGCCGCGGCACCGACGGCCAGGCCAACUUCACCCGCUACGAGGUGGUCGUGCCCGACCCGGAGACCAAGCCCGACCAGUUCGCGGUUGGCUUCUACACCAACGAUUCGUGUAGCGCCGCGACCCUGGUGGCCCUGAGCGACUCGUGCCCGGUCGGCCGGUGCUGCGCGUCGCUGUUCUUCGUGGACCAGACCCAGGUGGGCGGCUUCUUGGUGACGCGCCCGGCGUCGCCUUCGCCCGCCCCGCACAAGAAGGACGACGACGACGACGGGUUCCCGACCUACGGCAUCGUGCUGAUCGUUAUCGCGGCGGUCAUCGUUGCCCUGGCGGUCGUGGGCGGCGGCGGCUGGCUCUACGUGAAGCGGAAGCGGUCGACCUACGAAUACAUCCCCUCCUCCAAUCUUGCCGUCUAG